AUGUGCAAGAGUGGGUUACCUAAUUCAGUGCUGGAGAUCAAGAGUUUUUGGAGAAAAACAUCAUAUGACAUUGGUGGCCAGAAAUUUUCUCUUGAUGACAUUGAACAUGGAAUUCUUAGAGGUAACAGACCACACCCAGCAGAUGGAAAGUCCUUAUUCACAGAAGAUGAUUCUCGCCUUGAGUUCACUGUCAAAGAAGUCGAUCCCAGGAUACAUUUUGCUUUGGUUUGUGGUGCAAAGUCUUGUCCUGCUAUCAGAGUAUUCUCAGGAGAAAACCUUGAACGAGGACUUGAUGCAGCAGCAAAGAACUUUUGUUCUCAAGAAGUUCAGGUUGAUAAUAACAAGGUAACCCUCUCAAGAAUAUUUCUAUGGUACAAGACAGAUUUUGGUUCAACAGAAAGAGAAUGUUUGAGCUGGAUUUCUCAUCAUCUGGGCAAAGAUGAACAGCAGAAACUAAACAGUUUGUUGGAAGUUGCAGAUAGUGACAGUUCAAUAAAUAUUACCUAUAGUGAAUAUAACUGGAAUCUUAAUGGAUCAAAACUGUGA